CCCUGCAAUAAGUCUUUUGUCGCUCCCAUCAAACAAAAGAUCACCACUCUUCUGCUACAGACCACACUGCGCCAAAGUCCGUGCGGAAGAGGGGGCCCAUCGGAGAGAACAUUGUUUGCGAUACGCCUAGAUUCACAGACUAACCACAAGCAGGAGAAGAUGAGAGGAGAGCGAGGAGAAAGGUCCAACCGGUAUGGUAUCCUGGCCGUAAAUGAACAGCGAGAACAUCGUGUCGUUUAUCAGCUGGGAUCGAGUCAAGACCCGAAGAACUGGAGAGGUUUAUGUGAGAGAAGACCACACAAUCUCCACAAGGAAAAAUUAUACGUAGAGGUGAUAAAGAGAAGAAAAAAAGAUUACAGCCUAAAAAAAGGGCCUUCGACAGGAGAAGGCGGGGAUGCCCUCCCCUUGCAUUGCCUCCCCUUUCCCUACUCCAUCACAGUACUGCCUGCCAGCCAGCCAUCUGUCACAACCAUGGCAGCACAACCCCAAGACAGGGGACAAGCCGUCGCCAUCCACCCACCCAUCCAUCCAUCAAUCCAGCUAGCCAGUUGUUUUCUUCUUUUGGAUCCAUUCCCGGAGUCCGGCCGCCCAGUCGCACACUGUCUCUUGUUCCCACAUACCUUCUGGGCCCUUGUCUUUGUCUCGACGGCUGACUGGCCUGGUCUCUCCCUCUCACACGCUUUUUUCGCCCUCCAUCCUCAUUCCGUUCGUCUUCCGAAUCUUUUGACGGGUUUCCUUCAUAUCAUCUGCAUCAAAGCUUCCUGUUUUUAGUUUGGGGGGUUUUUGUUUUCUCUUCUGACCUUUAGCCGCUGGUCCGUUGCUCGGAUCAUUUUCUCUUCCUCACUCUGCCGGACGGAAACUUCUCUUUUACCGUCAUUGUGCGCAGAUCAGAUCAUCUUUCAUGGUCUCUCCAUGACCUCAGUGGCCCGUGAGGCCUCUUUCUCCUUCUCUUCUUUUCCCUCUUCUCCUUUUUGACCGAAAUUUCUGUACAUUUUUGUACAUUUUUGUUUCCUUCUGCCAGGUUCGUUUCGCGCGGCGGCUGGAAUCGCCUGGAAGCAACAACUCUUAUCACACAUUACCCACCGACAACAAGACGACAACAUUUCAUUUCUACCGAUCGACACGCAUUCGAACGCUCGACGACUCUUUUUUUUUGGUGUGGAGGAAGACGGAUACGACUGGGGAGGUCACCGAAGGCAAAGGAAACUGGACCAGGAGGAAAAGAGGGAAACACCACUGACGGACUGCUGGUUGCCCGACAGCCAGCGGUCGCCUUGAAACGGCCUAAUGUCAAACCCAAAUUUGCCCCCGGGUGCCUUCUUCACCAACAUCGGCGGGAAGAGGUGUACCGCGAUUCCAAAGGCCAAUGGUGGCAAUAAUGGGAACAAUCGUGGGGGAAAUCGGGGAGGGGGCAACAACAACAAUAACAACACUGGGGGUCGGGCUUCAGCUGCGCCUUCGCGGACGCGGGCUAGGAAUACGAGUGUUGCAUCAUUCAGUACGACGCGCUCUCCAUCGUCACCACCCCCAGCUCAGACUACCCUCAGCACCACCACCACACCACCUCCUCCGCCUCCGCCACCUCCACCUCCCCCUCCCCCACCAGCGCCUACAGAAACACCGCCUUCGUCAACGCCGGAGCCGGCGCGGCCGACACCGCCGCCGGAGCUUCCUCCUCCCGCACUCGCGGCCCCUGCCCCCGCCCCUGCCUCGUCCUCGACCUCGUCCUCUGCACCUGCCGCGCCGCCAGCUGCUGCGCCCAUAAUCAAUCCCCCUGCUGCUUCUUCUGCCGUACAACCAAAUCCCGUCCUAGCCCAACCAAUUCUUCAACAACCCGCUCCUGUUCAAGAAGGAGCAAACAAUGGCGGCGAUCGGGCUGGGACUGGGGGCGGGGCUACCACGCCACCGCCUGCAGUACAGAACCCUCCCCCGGCCGCAGCGCUGCCCGCGUCUGGCAGCCCACCAAUAGCUAGUUUUUCUCUCAUCGGGGACGGUGUCGGCAAUUCCGCCGCAUCACCUGCAUUGCAACCACCGCAGCCUGCACAAAGCCCACAAGCUGAUCUUAGAGACCCAGCAGCCACCGCCGCACCGCAGCAGCCGAGGCCGACAUCUGCGCCUCCGGCAGACAUAACAAGCACCCCAGCCGCGCCGGAAACCCCUCCCGUGCCCAUAGCCGCCGAACCAACACCGUCCUCAGGCGCCGGUGCGACGCCGGCGAUUACUACAAUUGACACUGCCAAGCCCACAGAUGGCGGUGCUACUAACUCUGGCAGCGGGACUGGCGCUGGUUCGGGCGCCGGCGCCGGCAUCAGCAACAACAACCCGGCAGUGAGCGCAGUGCCAGCCAAUAGCAACAAUGGGGAUGGUAGCAGGAUGACCGUAGCGGUUGCCGGAGGCGUGGUUGGCGGUGUGAUCCUGAUCAGCCUGAUCGCCUUCUUGAUUUGGUUCUUCAGGAAGAGGCAGCUCAAGAAAAGGAGGAGCACGCUGCUGACCCCGUUGUCGACCGGUACGGGCCCGGGCUUCCCUGCCGAGAAGUCUUAUGUUAUCAAUCGCGGCAGUAUUGGCCCAACUCCUCGAACCGAGAAAAUCAAGGCAUCUGUUGUAUAUGGCCUUUCCAAGUUUAAGGACCGCGUCAAUUCUCUUGUCUCACGCGGGAACGGUUCGAGUGGAGGCGUCAACAUGAACCGUGGAAACUCGCAGUUCAUGGAGAACACCAGCCCGACUCUCUCAAGAUCGAACAGCAACGCCUCAAGACAUGCACGUGGAGGCGUCAAGGGUUGGUGGGGAGGAGUGGCUGCGGCGGGCGUUUUCAAGCGAGACAAGAAGGAUAAUACCCGGGAUCCGUUUGGCAGCGCUCAGGAAAAGAAGGCUCCAAUGACUGCCGGGAACGUAUCUGCGCAGCCAGACUUCCUCACUCUCCUGGGUAUGGAUGAUCGUGAGCUUCAGCGUGAGGCGCAGAGGAAGAGGGCCAGCCGAAACGGCAGUGCCUCUUCCACCGACCACUUCCUUGGUAAUCUAGGCCUAAGCUUCAAUAACAGCAACGGCGGAGGCGACGACCCCUUUGCCGACUCGAAUGCUCUGCCACAUCAGAGUGCAAAGCCGGCGCCACUAAAACCGGGCGGCGGGGGCGGCAACAACGAUCCUUUCUCCGACGCCAACCAGAUACCCGCAGCAGCCGCCACAAAGCCGUCCACAUACGUUGAGAACGUCCGUAGUUCGCGUGGCUCGUCCAUCGGAAGGCUGGACAGCUUCUACCAGCGCGAGUCUGUUAACAGCGUAGACAGCUUCGAGACGAGACGCAACAAGUUCCGAUCCGACCCCUUCGACCUUGAACGGCCAGAGCUCCUAGGUCGCAGCCCAGGCAGCGCCGCCGGCACUCUCGGCAGCGACUACCCACGGCUCAGCAGCACCACGUCGGGAAGCGCCAUCAAACCACCUCGGUCGGUUCACCAGAGAUCUGAGAGCUUCACGUCAAAGUACUCGAGCGGCGUGAGCAUGGGUGACUGGAGCGACCCGGGUCCAGACAUUGGUCCGGGCAGCAGUCGCCAGGACCUGCCUGGAAUGCUCAGGGGAGAAUCGCCCACACAAGGCAUCAUCAAUUCAAGGCGAUCUCCCAGCAAUGCCAGCAGUAAUGGCGUUGGCAAGGCUAUGUGAGUUGGGCCGACUCUAAGCAAACUACAAUGCUUAGAUGAUGGAGGCCAUCGUUACAUCACCCAAUGUACGAGGUUCGGAGAUACGGAUUAGUUUCUUGUUGAUUGUCCUUUUUUUAUGGCUGCAAUUCAGCCACUUUAGAACUUGGUAUGGGAGGAUUGUUUUUUUAUCCCCCAUAUCAUUUUCUUCUUGUAACAUUGUUAAAGUCGCUCUUUAUCACUUCUGCCUACCAAAUCUUGCCCAAGUCAUCACGCCACAGCCCGGCCACAUAGUUCCCAGCAACCAAGUUUAACAGCAUAUAACGGUAACGCAUUACAUCCAUUGUUUCUUUCAUAUCAAAGAAACGCAUAUGGCUAGCUCAUACCAGCCCAAGCGAAGCAUCACUCACCACAAAAUCACCAAAAUCAAAAGCUGUCUUUCUAUGGAUGUCUUUGUAGGGGGUUUCGUGUCCCCCAUAAAGGCCGUGGUCCUAUCAUCAAUUCAUAAUCUGGUGCGCUAGUAGAGGGCAACUUGUUUUGUUCCUCGUCCUUGUUUUUUUAUUUUUUUUAUCUUGUCUAUUCUUUUUUUCGUCUUUUGUUUUCAG